CCUCCCCGCUCUUUUUGCCCACUGCAGGUCCCGGACUACCUGGACCACAUCAAGAAACCGAUGGACUUCUACACGAUGAAGCAGAAGCUGGAGGCCUACCGCUACCUGAACCUGGACGAGUUUGAGGAGGACUUCAACCUGAUAGUCAGCAACUGCUUGAAGUACAACGCCAAAGACACCAUCUUCUAUCGGGCGGCCGUUCGGUUACGGGAGCAAGGGGGCGCGGUGCUGCGACAAGCACGCCGGCAAGCAGAGAAGAUGGGCAUUGACUUUGAGACUGGCAUGCACUUCCCCAUGGCCGGGGAGGAGGCUCCUCUGCGAAGCACCGAAAAUGACGAGGAGCGGCUGCUGCUGUCGGAAAACCAAAAGCACCUGCCCCUGGAAGACCAGCUGAACCUCCUGCUCGAGCGUCUGGCCGAGGUGAGCGCCGGGAAGCAAAGCGUGAGCCGCUGCCGACAAACCAAGAUGAUCAAGAAGGAGAUCACCGCCUUGCGGCGCAAGCUGGCACACCAGCGGGAGACAGGGAGGGAUGGGCACGGCCCCUUGGCCCGCAUCAUUCUGCCGACCCAUAACACCUGCGAGAAGGACCCUCAAACCGACAGCGCCGCUGAGGAGAGCAGCAGCCAAGAAACCAGCAAAGGCCUUGGCCCCAAUUCCUCCUCCACCCCAGCACACGAAGUCGGCAGGAGAACAUCGGUGCUCUUCUCCAAGAAGAAUCCCAAAACCGCUGUGCCCCCAAAGCGUCCUGGGCGCCCCCCCAAGAACCGUGACAGUCAGCUGGCUCCUGGUCAUGGGAACAGCCCCGUGGGGCCCCCUCAGCUCCCGAUCAUGGGAUCCCAGCGGCAGCGCAAGCGGGUGAGGAGCCCACGCCCCAGCUCCAGCUCCGACAGCGACAGCGACAAAUCGGCUGAGGACGCUCCGAUUGAUCUGCCAGCUAACGGUUUCAGCAGCGGCAGCCAGCCGGUCAAGAAGAGCUUCCUUGUCUACCGCAGCGGCUACAACCUCCCACGCAGCAGCUCCGAUUCCGAGUCAAGCAGCACCAGCACUAGCAGCGCAGCCUCAGAUCGCACCAGCACGACGCCUUCCAAGCAAGGCCGAGGGAAGCCUUCUUUCUCCCGAGUCAACUUCCCAGAGGACAGCAGCGAAGACACGUCAGGGACAGAAAACGAGUCCUAUUCGGUGGGAACCGGCCGAGGUGUGGGCCAUGGCAUGGUCCGGAAGAGUAUCAGCCGAUCAGCCGGAUGGCUCUCUGAAGAUGAAGAUUCUCCUUUGGAUGCCUUGGACUUAGUGUGGGCCAAAUGCCGGGGUUACCCAUCUUAUCCAGCUUUGAUCAUUGAUCCGAAGAUGCCCCGGGAAGGGAUGUUCCACCACGGUGUCCCCAUUCCUGUGCCCCCCUUGGAGGUAUUGAAGCUGGGAGAGCAAAUGACUCAGGAAGCACGGGAGCAUCUCUACCUGGUCCUCUUCUUCGACAACAAGCGCACCUGGCAGUGGCUGCCCCGCACCAAACUCGUGCCCCUCGGCGUAAACCAGGACCUGGAUAAGGAGAAGAUGCUGGAAGGCCGCAAGUCCAACAUCCGGAAGUCUGUCCAGAUUGCCUAUCACCGAGCCAUGCAGCACCGGAACAAGGUGCAAGGAGAGCAGACCAGCGACUCCAGCGAGAGCGACUGACCCUCCCGAGGGGCUCCCGCCCUGGGUGCUCAUUCAGUGCAGCUGGACUGUACAGGAGACGAGAGCAGGGAGCUCCAGCCUUGGGAAGCCUGGCUGCAGGGACCUGCACAGAGCACCCAACAGCUCCUCCAGUGUGCUGGGCACACCCACAGAGCACUGUGCCCUUCACGUGGGCAAAGCCUACCUCUUGUGCCAGCCUGCCCUUCCUUUGUUCCAUGCCUGGAAUCGCCCUGACCAGCUGCACGAGCAAUACCCAGCUGCCUGCCUAGCUCCUAUGGGCAGUACCCUAACUCUCUGGGUCUUUUAAGGCUCUAGACUUUUGUAAGAUAACUGUAUAAUAGUGGGAGAAUGUAAAUUAUUUGGGCUGCUCCAUACACCUACCCCUCCCAACAUACAGAGUCUGGCCCCGUUUCCCUGCCUCAUAGCACCUGUCCAGAUCCAUCAGCCUUUCCUCGGCCCAGCCCUACCGACACUCUGCAGAGCAGGGCCACCAUCUUCUCACUUGCACAUUUUGAUACUAUAGCUUUUUGGAAUCUGACUCAGCCCGAUCCCCUUCCUCUUCCCCCCCCCCCCCACCUCCCCCCACCUUGUAGAAACAUGGCUCUUUCUGCUGCAGCCGGGUGGGCAUUUGUACUUGUAUUUAUUUUGGAGAAAGAAGAUCUCUAUUGAUUCUUAGAAAAUAA